AUGCGGCCGGGGUACGGAGACGCACGACAGCCGCUGCCGGGGCGGUACGGGCUGUACCACUUCGGCACCAGCGGCGCCGCCGUCGCCGCCGCCACCGUCGUCACCCAUCCGCUCGAUGUUAUCAAAGUCAGGCUUCAAAUGCAGCUUGCUGGGCAAAGAGGAAACUUAGUUGGAAUGGGAACAAUAUUUACACAAAUGGUUGAAGCGGAAGGGACUCGAUCACUCUACCUGGGACUUGCACCAGCGUUGACAAGAUCUGUUGUGUAUGGUGGCCUUCGGUUAGGAUUGUAUGAGCCCUGCAAGCAUGUCUGCAGUUAUGCAUUUGGUUCAACAAACUUUGCUUUUAAAUUUGCAUCUGGAGUCAUUGCUGGGGGCCUUGCAACUGCUUUAACAAAUCCCAUGGAGGUUUUGAAGGUGAGGUUGCAGAUGAGUAAAAUCAGUACCAGUACAACAGGAGAGAUGAGGAAAGUUUUAGCGCAUGAAGGGUUCAAAGCACUUUGGAAAGGAGUUGGCCCAGCAAUGGCAAGAGCAGGUUGCCUCACCGCAUCACAAAUGGCAACUUACGACGAGGCCAAGCAGGCCUUAAUGAAGUGGACACCACUUGAAGAAGGUUUCCAAUUACAUCUCAUCUCGAGUUGCAUAGCUGGAACAGCUGGUACUCUUGUGACUGCACCUGUAGACAUGAUCAAAACACGGUUAAUGCUGCAACGGGAGUCCAAAGGUGCCAGAGUAUACAGGAAUGGAUUCCAUUGUGCUUACCAGGUUGUGGUGACAGAGGGUGUGAAGUCACUUUAUAAAGGGUGA